AUGUACCGAAAGAAACCCGCACGAAGCUUGAGUCAUGGUCGAUACAGUAAUGAGAUGCGAAGGAUAUCAGUACCAAAAUGGCGGGUGGAAGCUGCUGAGACGAUGUCAGUAAAAAGUCAAGGAGGAAGUAUUUAUGGCCGUGGCACACUGACUACCCCUGAUUCCGCAGAAUCGUUCCUGUUGCCACCUACUCCGGACCGGAAGCGAAGUCGUAGCUUAUGUGGCGUACAAAUGGCGCAGGAUGCACAGGCGGUAGGGGUGGCAGCGAUGACAAAGACGAAUGACGACACUCGAGGCGCAAGUCUCACGGCAGCAGCGAACGGUGGAAGCCGGAAAAUGUCCACUGGUGGUUUGGUACCGCCAACAAUCGGCGACGCCAUCCUGAAACGUGCAAUGAGCAAUCGACCGGAAAUGCGUACGUUCAUGAGCCGGCUUAGCGAUCAACAAAUCGAUAUUAUGGGCAAACAGUUCUAUUCACUCAUAGCCGACUCUGUCGAACACAUUGAACACCCAGAAGCGGUUCAACAACAUGCCAAAGCGUUCGGGGAAUCCUAUGCGGCGCUAUGUCAACUUGGUUUCCGCCCUGACUAUUUCGCCCCGCUGGCCGAUGCUGCAAUUGCGGAAUGUGUCAAACUUGACGGCGGAGCUCACAAAAGGUGUGAGACGCUGCUGGCAUGGAGCCAACUGAUCAGCGCUAUUUUCACAUCAGUUCGAGACGGUUAUUACAGUCGUGUACGCUAUCAGAGACGGUCAUCACUGCCACAAGGAAUGAUCUCGAAACAACUAUCGAUUGAUCUUACAAGAAGCAUUGACCAUGACGCUUAUAUACAG